AUGAGUCACUCCCACCAGAUCGUCGAACUGGAGCGCGAGCGCGAGCGCGACGACCGUCUCAGCAGUCUCAGCGAUGUCGUGCUUGGCCAUAUCCUCUCCUUCCUCGACGCCGACGAGAUCGGCCGUGCCGCGGCGCUCUCAAGGCGGUGGCGCGACGUCCUGGCCAUCGUCCACACCGUCUCCCUGGACAUGGAUGAGCAGCCGAAACGGCCCAUCAUCUACGACGUGGUCGACGAUAACUUGAUCUAUUCCACCGAGUACAUCAAUCACCCGCCGGCGCCGCUGUCCUCAAUCGUCACCGGCGCCCUCUUUGGCCGCAGCCGCCGCCCGGCCCCCGCGCCCGGCCCGGUGCCCCUGCGUGCGCUCCGCGUUUGCCUGGGAGUGAGAUUGGGAUACAAUCCCGACCAAAAGACCACGGUGGACCAGUGGGUUACUUACGCCCUGAAGCAUGCCGGCCCCGACCUCGAGCUCGACCUCCGCCUCGGCCGAGACCCCAUCUGCAAGCACCCCGACCGGGCCGCCCACGCUAGGCCAUACGAGGUUAAAGCCGUUGGCUGGAAGCCUCCGGAGACAAACGCCGACGACCAUUCACCCCUUGGGACAGACGACGACGAUGGUGACGAUGUUGGCUCCAGUUCUGAAGAAAAUUUUCGUGGAUACGGAGAGUACACCGUCCCAUGGGGGGGUUUCUCCUGCCCCGCGCUGCGAUCGCUCCGCCUUGGCGCUUGCAGGAUCUCCCCGCCGGCGGCCCUCAGCAUGCCAUGGCUCGAGGCGCUCCGCCUCACCCAGGUCCCCGACGAGGAGGAGCACGUGCAAAGGCUCAUCUCCGCCUGCCCCCACCUCGUGGACCUGACUCUCGAGGCUUGCGGAACGGUGACCACGCUCUCGCUCCUCGGCAACACGCGCCUCCGCAGCCUCGCCCUCCGGUGCUGCCAUAAAUUAGCCACCGUUGUCAUCAACACGCCAGAGCUCCGCUCCUUUGAGUACCGCGGUGCCGUCCCUGGCGACUCCUUCCUCACCAUGGUCGGCGGCUCGCCAUCUAUCAUGUCGUUCAAGGUCGACAUCUGUGCGAUCUGUGUUGGGGAGGCCACCUCAGAAGAGGAGCUCAGCAAGCUCGAUUCCUUCGUACAGCAGUUCGUGUCGACCACGAAACACCUCCACUUAUCAUGUGCCUUCAUGGGCUCAUCCUUCGCGCGGCUCCCGGCAUUCACGAGCCUCCGCCACCUUCAACUGAUCGGACACGUGCCGCGCGACAGCGACGACCCCGCCGCAGCAGCUGCCGCGACAAGCAAAAUCCUUUGGAAAACCCCGAACCUGGAAACAUUGUCCUUGUUAUUCGAAGUAAAGCGUCGCAAUCCCAAUAAGUACGACCCCAAGGAGUACGACCGCGGCGAUCGCAGCGAGGGGCAGCUCCUCGAUGCUCACCUCCUCAACUGCAACAAGUACGACAGCCUCGACGUUCCGGCUUCGAGCGUGACCGUGCCGGCCUGCCUCAGUAGUCGGGUGAGGAAGAUCAACCUGUUGCAUUACCAAGGCGGAAGAGCGCAGAGGAUGCUGGUCAGGUUCUUGGUCCGCAACACUGAAGUUCUUGAGAAGCUUUACUGUGGAUUCGCCGAGGGGCCGUUGUGGAUUCAGAUGGAACUUAAGCGCGAGAUCGAACGAUGGGCGGUGAACGGGAAAACUAGCACGGAGUUCCGUUGA